AAACUUCCUCACUUUUUUAGAGCACACAACAACAUUAAAAAAAAGAAAAAACAAAGAGGCACACUCUCUAUCUUUAUUCACUCACUGUUUUAUUUAUCUAUAAAAUUCUUCUUCUCAUUUUUUCUUCAUUCAGAUAAUAACAACACAAUUUCAAGAAGAAGAAAACAGAGAGAUGAAAAAGAGUUACGAUGAUUUGGUUUGGUCAGAGUGUGAAAGAGAAACUGCUCAAUUUCUUGUAGAGUUGUAUCAUCGUGUUAGUUUGAUGAGUAGUAUACCAUACAGUUGGCGGUGUAAAAAGAAGAGAUCUGCAAUCGUCGAGAACCACGGUGGUGGUGCUGAUGCCGGCGCCGCCGUGGUGGUGGGUCCUUCUUGUGACGCCGUGAAAGUUCAAGCUUCAAGUCCAGCAACCCCUCUUUCGUUUCCAGCAACUGAAUCUGACGAAAAACCAAAACAUUUGAAAAAGAAAAAAACUUCUCUCAAAAGGAAGAAAGAAUAUUAUCUUAAUAUUAUUGAAGAUUUGACGAAAACCAAAGACUCACUCAAUCAAGAGAUUGAAAAUGUGAAGCGUCAUUCUGACCAAUUGAAGGACUUCAAUUUGAAGUUGAAACUAAAGGAAAAAGAGCUGCUAAGUAGUAAUGGUCCCAAAGGUGAAAGCCAAAACCCCCCAAAUUCGGAAAUUAACCAGCCAAUGCAAUUGAAUCAUAUCAUCAAAGGAGUCAACUCAUCAAAAUCAACGGCUGAAAAUGAAGAUGAUCAGAAGAAUAAGCAACAAAUGCCACCAAUUCAUCAUAAUUUUGGGCUUUACCAAAUUUGCAGUAACGGCCAAGGUAUAGUUCAGUUUCAGUGUGCUUCUAGUAUUCCAACGACGUCGUUGCAAGUGGCAACUUCAUCCACUGCUUCAUUGGGCCGAAACAAUUUCAACAGUAAUAUGGGCCCACUAACCAUUCCUGAUCUGAACUUAUCUUUUGAAGAGUCUCUCCACGUGGACAAUUCUCAACCGUUCGACGAGGCUACUGCAAAUUUGGAUUUAAGUAAAGCUAUGGCAGCUGAAGCAAGACAAAGAAGGCUUCAGAUUUUUAGGCUCAAGAAACCCGUGGGGAAUAAUAAUAAUACCAAACAACGUCAAGCUUCUUAUAGAUAAAUAGUAACAUAUUUUUAUUUUAUUUCCAUAUACUCUUAUUAAUCUUUUCUCUCUUUUAGAAAUUUAACUAUGGAUAUUGAAUAUUUCUUGAUGGGAAAGAAAUUUGGUGACGUGGGAUUGGAGUUUGCUAUAAUGUAAGAUUAGGAAAUUUGGUUGGCUCCUUUUUUUAUAUAUAUGAGAAUUUCGUUGGAUUUUUGCUCAAUAAAAUAUUUUUGGAAAUAA